UCCCCCGUAUAGCCUUGACAGACUGCUGGGGCAAGUGCUGUUAGUGAGCACCUAUGAAGGCCGGAACGGCACAUGAUGGAGUGGGUGGCAAGGAAUAUGCCCGACUACCUUUGUCUCCCCAGUGGCGAUGUUUACACACAGCACCAGGUACUCAUUUGAGGCUGAGUCGACCUAGGACUGGUUCGGAUAAUUGUCACCGUCGUUGGCCGUGAGCGAACUCGGGUCGCCAGGGUUCGUAGUGCAGCGUAGCGCUAACCGCUGCACCACCGCUCACCCACAUACAGGCACAUACUGACAUACCUGGGCACGAACACACGCGUACCUAUGCUGUGCACACACACACACACCUGUACACAAAUGUGCUGACACUUGUACAAUCAUCUCUCCCACCCCCAUAGCCGUAAACAAACUUUUGGGGCAAUCGGCGUUCGCGCGCACACACAGCCACGUGGUCACACGCGUUGCAUCUAUAAACGCACAUCUGUACACUAAUAUGCUAACAGUCACACACACACACCUAUAAACACACACGGGCUGACACGCGCUCAGGUGCAGUCUUGUGACUGCAGGUGACCCACCAGCUGUGUGCGUAUAUAAGGCACCAGUCCCCACUCAGUCCCAAGUACGACAGGGUGCGGGACUCACCUGUGAACUCACCUGUUCUUCAGAAGCCUUCUCUACUCCACGACAGGAUGAUGCUCCGUGUCACGGCACUCGCUGCGCUGUUGGCGUUCGCCCAGGCGCUCAGCGUGGAGCAGCUGGAGUGGGAGUCGUGGAAGACUCACCACGGCAAGAGCUAUGAGAGCGAGCAGGUGGAGUCUCUCCGCCAGCAGAUCUUCCAGUCCAACCUGCGCCUCGUCCUGCAGAACAACCUCCUGGCUGACCAGGGCAAAGUCUCAUACCGCCUCGAGACCAACAAGUUCGCCGAUCUGACCGGCCGUGAGUUCCGUGACCUCGUGGUGGGCCACUGCCUCCUGAACCGCACGCGUCGCGAGCCCCGCGCCGCUUCGACCUUCCUGGUCGCGCGGGACGCCGUGGAGCCGCCCAGCGUGGACUGGAGGGACAAGGGCUACGUGACCGGGGUCAAGGACCAGGGCCAGUGCGGCUCCUGCUGGGCCUUCAGCACCACGGGCUCGCUGGAGGGGCAGCACUUUGCCGCGACGGGGAAGCUGGUGUCGCUCAGCGAGCAGCAGCUGGUGGACUGCUCGGGCAGCUUCGGCAACAACGGCUGCGAAGGAGGCCUCAUGGACAACGCCUUCGAGUACAUCAUCGCCAACAAGGGCAUCGACACGGAGGAGUGCUACCCGUACACCGCCACGGACGGAGUCUGCAAGUUCAAGCCGAGCUGCAUCGGGGCGACGUGCACGGGCUUCGUGGACAUCCCCUCGGGCGACGAGGCCCAGCUGAAGCAGGCCGUGGCGUCCGUGGGUCCCGUCUCCGUGGCCAUCGACGCCAGCAAUCCGUCCUUCCAGCUGUACGGCUCCGGCGUCUACGACGAGCCGAUGUGCAGCAGCGAGCAGCUGGACCACGGAGUCCUCGCAGUGGGCUACGGCACCCAGGACGGCACGGACUUCUGGCUCGUCAAGAACAGCUGGGGCGCGGACUGGGGCAGCAAGGGCUACAUCCUGAUGAGCCGCAACAAGAACAACCAGUGCGGCAUCGCCACCGCCGCCAGCUACCCCUUGGUGUAAGCGACGAGAUGAACCCAGCCAACAAAUACCUCCUGACCGGACACAUCCAGAAGAUUACACCAACACCUACACAUAUGUAACCCUCAAUGAACAUUCCAUCACCAUCAAAUCACCCCUAUCCCCAACCUUUGAAAAGACCUAUAUACCCUUACGUGCUACCGAGGUGAAUUGCUUUUGCCUGUAAUGUGAAAUAAAACAAAAUUCAAACAGAUGAACUGUGCAGCCAUGUGCG